AUGAACCACAGCUCUCAGCAAACAAACCAUCAUAUUUUGAACAUUGACGCAGACCCCAACAUGAACGCAGAUCAAUUCAGACCCAUGGCACCUCGGGUGCCGCACAUUUGCUCCUGUCAAGCGGCGGACGAAACCGCAGAACAACACCGAGCACGCCUCAGACACUCAAUAGCGCAUCGUAUGGCCACAAUGAGGGGAGAUGGGGUGAUGGGAAACUAUGGCGAUCUCAUUCCAGUAGCGCAGGGCGAGAACCAAGGCCCCUACCAACCCGAAGACCAAUUGAAGACCCCGUAUGCAGGGGACAAGUUCGUCGACAACAGACGACAGGCGGUAGCAGCAAACAAUUAUGGCCAAGGAACCGCCUCCAAGGGCUAUGGCAUUUCGCUAAAGAAGAUCUUAGCCGCGGGCGGUUACGGGAUCGCUGCCCUGGUCCAGCACAAGAGCGACCGCAACGUUAAGACAGAAUGCGUGAUGAAGGUGGAACGGGCCAAACACGCCGCCCACGGCUCACUGGUGCAGGAAGAAAAGGCUCUCUUAAAAUACAAGGGUGCCAAGCAUAUCUUGCAAAUUCUUGACAUCACACAGGAAAUCAAGGCCAAAAGAGACGAAGACAACGCAAAUAAAUACAAAUACAAAGCGAGAUCAUCUUUCGAGGAACAGGACAAGAAAUGGGACAUUGCCAAACAGCGGGCGCGCAAUUUCAUUCUUACCGAGUACGCCGCUCACGGCAGCCUGCAUUCAUGGCUCAACAAGGCCAGUCGCAGCAAGAAACCCUGGCCAAACAAGGCUCUUUGGAUGUUGUUCAAAUGCCUUGUCUCUGGACUCGUUGGCAUGGGUUAUCCACCAAAAGAACAUCAUAAGGCUACCCACCCCGAAUGGGACUCCAACGAGCCCAUUGAUGAAUACAUCCCCCGUCAGGAUCUGCCCCCGCAGCAGACGGUGCACUUUGAUCUCGAUCCUCAGAACAUUCUCGCUGACAGGGAUAAGGAGCAUGGCGAUUUUCCCAUUUUCAAGAUCGCCGACUUUGGCAACGUUCAAUUCUUCAGCGAGGCUGCAACUAAUCCCCGACAUUUUACAAAAGAACUUUUCUGGAAGUCUCGGGUCAGGGGAAAGAAGUGGUUUUACAUGCCAGAGCAAUUCACCCGUGAUUGGGAUGUUAUGGGAGACUGGGGAGAUGAUGGGCCUAACAAAUUCGUCGCCCUCGACGGGAGCAAGCCAAGAGUUGCUGGCAACUACGGAAUGCACUCCAACGUCUACCAGAUCGGAGUCAUCAUGUGGUGCGCCAUAACCCGCUGCUCAUUCAACCCCCCGGUAAGAGCCAUCCGCGUCAACGGCGUCGACACCUACGGCGCCGCCCUCCAGUCCGAACGGUUUAGUGAUAUCGAUUCGCAACUCAGGGAUGUAGUACAGCUAUGCAUGGCACACGAACCCUCCCAGCGUCCGAACCUAGCCAACCUCGUCAAGCGAAUCAGCGACCGCCUCUCCUCCGUCGACCUCGAGUCGGACGAAGAAAUCAUGCAGUGGGCGCGAGAUUUCUUCAAUUCGCCCCGCGUCGACGGCGACGAGCCGGACGUGGAAGGGGACGCGGGUCAAAAGCGGGGCCGGCCUCCUAGCGACCUUGCCGAAGACAGAAUCCGGUACUCCCCGCGGCGGAGGCUCGAGCAACCUCUGGCGGGCUUCCCACCGCCGCUCCCGCAGCAGCCACAAAUGACUCUGGACCAGGCGGCGCGCGGCGGCGGCGGCGGCGGCAUGUACGAGUUCCAGACUCGUCUCGACUCGACCGCCUAUCUCGAGCCCAGGCCGCACCGACAGCCGCCACGGGAGAUGGUCUUUGACGCCUCCCGCAACAUGGAGCCCGUAGGCGCACCCCGGUAUCCCGCGUCAACGAUGGGCGCUUUCCCUCCGCCGAACGGCUUCGCGGCGCCGCCGCUGCCGGACCUCGGGUACCUCCACACCGGGGCCCAUCUGAUGCAGCACCAGCACCAGCACCAGCACCAGCAGCAGAAUCAGUAUUAUCACGGAAAUGACUUUAUGGCACAGGGGUACGUGCCGCAGUUACACUUUCAGGCACAGCAACAGCUACCUCAGCAACAGCCUCCGGGCAUGUGGUUUCCAGGAUAUCAACAGCCGCAGCAGCAGUUUGACGGCGCAAACCUGUUUAACCACCAGGGCUUCCAGGGCCAGGCACAACAGUUCCAACAGUAUCAGCCGAAUCCGCCAGGUUUGAACUUCUACCCGGAGGAAGGCGACGCUGAAAAUAUGCAGUUUUUCGAUCCGUCUCACCACGCGCAGCCACGGUGA